AUGGCCUCGAGCGCCGGCGUCCCGCUGCCACACCGCACCCUCUCCUCCAUCCGCGCUGGCACCUCGGCAGGGGCCAUCGCCGGCAGCCCGCACACGCCUUCCCGCCCUUCCCCAACCGCCACCUUCAGCUCGCCCUCGAGCCUGCGCGCCGAUGAGGAUCUCAUCGUCAUCGAGGUCGGUGCCCGCAACUUCCGCAUCGGCUGGGCCGGCGACGCUGCCCCAAAGAGGAUCCUCUCGUUUGCCCCAGAGCAGCAGCGCCGGGUCGGUGAUUUCAGCUCAUGGGACCCUUCCUACAGCUCCAAUUGGCGCUCAAGAGCCUCAGGCCCCGACUGGGCCGCUGGCCACGAGCUAUGGCAACUCGAUGUCCGCGGCCAGAACCUCGCCCUCAUCCGCGACAAGCUUGAGCGGGAGCUGCGAGACACCUUCACCCGAUACCUCCUCACAGACUCAAAGCAGAGGCGCAUGUCUCUCGUCCUACCCCCGGCACUACCGAUACCGCUACUAGGCUGUGUGCUCGACACCGUCUUUGACCGAUUCCAAGCCCCGACCGUCUCGCUGUUGUCGGCCCCCGUGAUGGCGGCUCUCGCAGCCGGAACACGAUCUGCGCUCGUGAUAGACAUUGGCUGGCACGAAACCACGGUCACGGCAGUAUACGAGUACAGAGAAGUCCAGACGAGCCGGUCAGAUCGUGCGGGCAAGAUGCUCAUACAUGAAGUCUACCGCUUUCUCGCCAAAGUGCUGCGGGACCAGUUUGGCCAGGCCCAUGAGGCUGCCGACGCCGACAACUACGACAUCCUGAGUUUCGAGGAGUGCGAGGACUUUGCGCGGCGAGCCCUGUGGUGCAGAAGAGACACGCGCGAUCAGUUCCAUGAUGCCGAUGCAGCAUCACGAGACGAGUUCCAUGACGCGGAGGACGGGCUGGCCGUGGUUCAGGAGGAGGACGAAGCCCGUUCUACCACAGACCUCGCAGACGACAUGGCUCCCGUUGCUGUGCCUCUGAGGUCAUGCCGCCCCCCACGAACUGUACAGAUACCAUUCUCGGAGCUGGCCGAACCAUGCGAGUCCACCUUCUUCGAGAGCGAGCUGGCCGAAUCAUGCUUCGACGACCACGAACUUCCGAUCCAUAGGCUUGUGUAUAAGAGCCUGCUCCGGCUCCCCCUCGACGUGCGGGCGUUGUGCAUGUCACGGAUCAUCUUUACAGGCGGAUGUUCCAAUAUCAUAGGUCUCAAGGGACGCAUCUAUGAUGACGUUGCCGCCCUCGCUCAAGAGUACAGCUGGGAUCCAGUCCGAGGAAAGGGUGUCGAGCAGUACAGGAUCAAUCCGAAGCUGCACCGCGGGGCGGCACCGCCACCUUCUUACAGCAGCAGUAUUCCCAUCAUCGUGCCGCCACCACCGGCCUUCCUCUCCACCACGAACAUAAGCACCGAACUCCUCACAAGUUCCUCUUCGGACACUCCAGGAGCGACUAAUGAAGGCGGGACCGCAGCCCCCAGCAAUCCAGCACACGUCACCCCCGCGUCAGACCAAAUCGAAGAGAUGAUUAAGCGUGAUAAAAACCAUAGAACACCGGUCCAGGGCACUCUGAGGGCCGUUGAGUCCCUAGGCCCCUGGUGCGGCGCCAGCAUGACUGCGCAGCUCAAGGUGCCCGCCAUCGCUGUGGUGGACCGCGAGCUGUGGACUUUGCAUGGGGUCAACGGCGCAGUGAGGGUGGCAGAUAUCGAAGCCAAGACCGCGGCCGGUGGUGUGACGCAUCACCACCACCACCAGCGGCAAAGCAUGGGUCCUGGAGCGUUGAUGAGAGGCAGUGCUCAGAGUGCGGGGGCGAAUGCGUGGACGCUCGGAGUCUGGGGUAGCAUAUAA